AAUUUUUGUUUUUAUGUCAAUUUCCUCCUAAGCAGAGCAGAAUUUCACUUACUUUUCUGUAAUAUAAAAUUUGUAAGGAAUAAUAUUAAAUAAUAAUACCCCAUGGCUACGUCACAACCAGUGCAAACAAAUUGGCAUCCGAGCAAAAAGCAUAGCGAUGUUGAACGUUGGAUUUGCAUCUAUCCUGCAUAUAUAAAUAGUAAAAAGACACGCCAGGAAGGACGGCGCCUACCAAAAGAUGUUUGCGUUGAGAAUCCAACUUAUGCUGAAAUACGUGAUGUCUUAUCGGUCACCAAUUUGCGUGUCGGUGUGGAAAACAAGCAGUAUUCGCGCGAGCGAAGCAGGGAAUUGCAGUUACGUGGUCGCAUCCGCGUGCAAAUGCGUAAUGAUGAUGGAACAGCCUGCAAUCCAGAGCUGAGCAACCGCGAGGAUAUAAUGCGUUAUAUAUCAAUCAGAAUACCACAACUAAAAACACGUCAAGGCAAAACUGGUGAUCAGCAACAACAUGUGCAAGCGCAACAGUCAGCCGGCGGUAAGAAGGGCAAAGGCAAGAGACGUUAAGAACUGGUCAGAAAAUUAGUUUGCAAGUUCUAUACAGUUUGAUUGAGAAUUGUGAAAAUGCUUAUUAAAUGUUUAACGAUAGCAAAAGCUAUGUUUGUGGAAACUGUAGCACUAAUACGUAUGCAACUUUACGUUAAUUUUGUUUUAUUGUAAUUUUUUUAUGGUACCUUAUUCAAAUGGUAAAUAAGAAUACGCAAAUGUAUGCAUUUGGUAAAUUAAA